AUGUCGCAACAACAGCCGAACAAAGCUGACAACAGGCAGCAGUCAGAUUACUUUACAUCCCAAAGACCUGCAGCAACGCCUGAGCCACGACAGCAACCCUCGGCAACGCGCAUGCCAUCGGGGUUGGCACAAAGUCGUUCCAAUGCACCAAGUAUAGGGAGACUUGACACUGCCCGUUUGGAGUCACGACCCGAGAAUGAGCGCGCCAACACUACUGCAACUGGUAUGACCCAAAUGGGCACCAUCAGAAACACGCCCACUGCCCGAAAGAGCCGUGCAACUCGUGAGAAUGUCCGGCAAGAGCCGCCACGACGACCUGAGAAGAAGCAACAGCAGACUGUAGACGUGGAGAACGACUAUUUCUCACUGAACCCUUGGUACAAUGAGCAAAAGUCAAAACCAGUCUUCGGUUUGGGCGCGCCUUUGCCACGCACUGUACGUAAGGGGGAGGCAGAUGGCAUUGCUCGACAAGAUGGCUUAGGCUUCCAUGAGGGUAAAGAUUUGGAAGAAGAUUCAGAAGACUCUCAGGAGACGUUAGACGGCGUUGGUCGCCCACACCAGCGACGUGAUCCCUCGCAUUUCCAGACAACAGUCGACGGCCGCAAUGUCAACAUGAAACGCGUGCCAACAAGUGAAGCUGACCAGGUGCUUGGCCGCAACCAAGAACCGAACGCUCGCAGCCACGAACAUCAUGAAGGCCAGGAACGUGCGCCCGUCAACGAGCACGGCUUGGAGUUCUCUGAUGGACGUGGGCAGCAGCAACACUUUGGUUUGCAAGACGGUCUUCCACCGCUCCAGGAACACGAUACGAAUAUGUCUUCUCAGACUAAGCAGGAAGAGAAAGAGAUUCAGCAACGAGAACAUGAGGCAGAACGCGAGUUCUACAACCAGUACCGCAACCCAAUCGCUAGGCUGCGAGCCAAGUACCCACAGGCACCUGCCGAGUUCCUUGCCACGUUCGUAUACCUCCUCAUCGGACUUUGCGUCAAUCUUUCCGUCGCCACUUCUCAAGAAGGCACCGGCAGCUUCGAGACCCAAGCCUGGGGAUGGGGCUUCGCAGUCAUGAUCGGCAUCUACCUCGGCGGUGGUGUCAGCGGUUCCCAUCUCAGUCCGACAAUCUCAAUCUCGCUAUCCGUCUACCGUGGUUUUCCCUGGAAGAUGGCAAUCGUCUACAUCUUUAUGCAUCUUUACGCAGACGCCAUCCAUGCAGUAGACCCCGGACUUACCCUGGAGAUGACCGGCAAGGCUCUAUUCCCUCAAGGACCCAUAUACUCCACCGCAACCGGCUUCUUCAACGACUUCGUCUACAUGGCUAUCUUCGUCUGCGUCAUCUUCGCACUCGGAGACGAUCAGAACUCGCCUCCAGGUCAAGGCAUGACAGCUUUCGUCGUCGGUCUUACAGGUUUCGUCACCAUGAUCGGGCUUGGCUACAACACCGGUCUGGGUAUCUCGCCAGCGCGCGAUCUUGGUCCAAGACUCAUCGGAUUGUGGGUUGGAUAUGAUUCGGCCUUUGAGAAUGGAUACUGGGCCUAUGGUUCUUGGGGCGCAUCUAUUGCUGGCGCGUUGUGUGGUGGCUUGAUGUAUGAUUUGUGUAUCUUCGUGGGUGGAGAGUCGCCUGUUAACUACAGGUGGCCGCAGCCCGGGGACAUUAAGUGGAAGGCGAAGGAGAAGAAGGAUAAGGCGAAGGAUAGGAUUCAACAGGUGGCGUAA